AUGGCUGCAGCCAUGGAACUUGAAGAACAAAAAGGAUUUUUCAUACUUAAAGGAGAGAGCCAUUCCCAGGAGCAGGAUUCCACCUCACAAAAAUACAGUUCUUGUAAAAGAGAAGUCAGCAGACAGAACUUCAGGAAGCUGUCCUAUGAGGAUGCACCCGGACCUCGUGAAGUUUUUAUUCAGCUCUGGGAGCAUUGCUGUGGGUGGCUCAAGCCACAGUGCCAUACCAAGGAGCAGAUCUUAGACCUGCUGGUGCUGGAGCAGUUCCUGAGCAUUCUUCCUAGGGAACUACAGACCUUGGUGCGGGCACACCAUCCAGAGAGUGGCGAGGAGGCUGUGACUGUGCUGGAGAACCUGGAAAAGGAGCUUGGUGAAUCCCAAAAGCAGGUCCUGGACAGUUCAGAAAAUGAAGACAUACUCCUGGACAAAUCAGCCCCCUUGGAAAAGCUGCAUGAGUCACUAACUGCUCAGAUUGGCCCAAAGCAGGCCCCAGAAGAGCGGGACUCUGGGAAUGGUGAUAAAUACAAGACCAAGAAUGAAGUGACCUCCCAGAAGAAAGAUGUGCCCAUAGACAAGGAAGUCGUUGGGUAUAUGAACAACAGAAUGAUCCAAGAUAUCCAUCAGCAUCCCGAGUCCAAAGAUGCUGUUGAAAAUGAGGGAAAAAUGAAAUGGCGACCAAGAGGAAAAAGGCAGUAUAAGUGUGAUGAGUGCGGAAAGAGUUACAGUGGUAGCUCAGACCUUACUAAGCACAAGAGAAUUCACACGGGGGAGAAGCCUUACAAAUGUGAUGAGUGUGGGAAAGCCUUCAUUCAAUCCUCACAUCUUGUUCAGCAUUAUAGAGUCCACACUGGAGUGAAGCCCUAUAAGUGUAAAGAAUGUGGGAGAGACUUCAGUGGGCGUACAGGUCUCACUGAGCAUGAGAGAAUCCAUACAGGUGAAAAGCCCUAUCGUUGCAGUGAGUGUGGAAAGUACUUCCGUAUAAGUUCAACUCUUAUUAGACACCAAAGAAUUCAUUUAACAAAUAAGCUAUACUAA